UCUUCCCCAGUCCAUCAUCCGCCCUGCUGCUCCGCCACCACCAACUCCCUGCUCGCCUUCCGCCAUGGCGCUUGCCGUCUCGGGGCCCGUGCAUUCCGCGUCCGCCGCCAUCCGCCCUCUCGACCGCGCCAUCUCAGCACGCGCCUCGCGUGCCUCCGCCGCUCGCGCCUUCCCGCGGGACUCGCGGCAUCAGGCCAGUCUUGACGCACUCGCGGUAGCCAGCGCGGCGAAACCGUCGCGCGCACCGUGUGCGGGCCGCUCUGCGUCCGCCCGGCACGACUCUCAGAAGCACUGCGCAUGGCGCCUGCGCACCCGCGCGAGCACAGGUGACAAUGCGACGUCGUCGUCGCCGUCAUCGUCGCAGGACGUGCCUCAGGAAGCGAACGACCGAGCCCUGGCACAGGAUAAAGCGCGGUCAUUGGUGGAUGAUCUCAAGGGCACAAGCAUCUUCCUCGUUGGCAUGAUGGGCAGCGGCAAGACCACGGUGGGCACGCUGCUUGCAGACCUCCUCGGAUACUGCUUCUUCGACAGUGACCGAGUGGUGGAGGCGGCAGCAGGCGGGGCGUCGGUGGCGCAGAUAUUCGCUGAGAACGGCGAGGAGGAGUUCCGCCAGCUCGAGUCGCGAGUGCUGGCAGAGCUGUCGUCCAUGGGCCGGCUGGUCGUGGCCACGGGGGGAGGCGCUGUCACACGCCCUGUCAACUGGAGCUACCUGGCGCACGGAGUCACGGUGCAUCUAGACGUGCCCGUGGACCAGCUGGCCCACCGGGUCGUGGCAGUGGGCACUGGCGUGCGGCCGCUGCUGUCGCAAGCAGCAGAGGUUGAGGAGCAGCAGGCAGCAGCUGAAAGCGACGAGCACAGCAAGACAUUAUCGCGCCUGGCUCGUCUAGCUGCCGACCGCAAGUCGCAGUACAGCAACGCAGAUGCCACCAUAUCGCUACAAGAUGUUGCGUUCCGCACUGCAGCCGAGGUGGCAGAUGUCACGCCAACAAGAGUUGCUCUCGAGAUCCUAGAGCGCCUGGAGCAGAUGGUGGCAGAGCGCAAGGAGAGGGACGCCGCCUUGAGAGCCAAGGCAGGCUAGUCGGUAGAGUAGAGUGCGGUGGUGCUGCUGGCAGCGCGAGCCCCAGGCACUGUCACAAUUGGUGGUAAAUGUACGAUGCGUUGCUACCUCAAUGGCAUAACUUCUGAUAAGCCACGGACCUACGGUACUUGUUCUGCCACAGAGGGCUUUACGACAGCUUGAGAAGAAUUGCGUGUUGCAAGCAAUGCAAGGUGGCGAGCACGGCUGGAGCACAGGGUCUUCGCAGGGCAUUCAGCCUCAUCUGGUCGCAAUCAUGUUGAAUACUCUGGCAUCCUUUCCACGGCUUAGCUUCCAAUAGUGUAUGUGUUGGGCUGAGAAAAAGCCCUUAGGAUCUUUUAGAGACUAAGUCCCAGUUGUGCAAGAUACUUGAGUAGUGCAGCGGAAGUUGAGUAGUUGAACCCUUGCACUAGUAUGUGAGAGCAAGUGAUUGAUUAAAAG